AUGGAUCACCGUAUAUGUUUUGGCAAUGAAGCUUUGAGUAGCAUGAUGGAUGAAAGAUCUAGUCUCAUAGAAAAGGCUUUGAGAUAUAUGGAGGAAACUCGGAUGGAAAUCGUUCGCAAUUUCCAAUUGUUUCUGAAAGAUUACGAGGCAGAAAAACAGGAGAUUGGGGACGAACGGCGUCGAACUAUUGUGCGAAAUAUUCAGAUGGAAUUGAUGACAAAGUUUAUUCAGAGAGAGGACACACUGCUAACUGAGUCCAUCGCACAGUUACAGAAAGAGACCGAGGACGCAAAAAGAAAGAUUCAAGAGGCAUGGAACACCGAGUCAAAAAGGAGGCUGGUGAACCAAAUACAUGAGGACUUAUGGACUGAAAGAAGGAUUCGAAAUCCUCAGAGGGCCAGAAUAAUGAUGGACAAAGUAGAGGGACUUAAGAUAAACCUCCAAAAACUCCAAGAAGAACUGAUUAAUGAAAUCAAGGAAAGAGAAAAGUAUAGGCAUGUUAAAGAAACCUACCAGAGGGAGUUGUUGACAAAGUUUGAAGAAAAAGAGAAACUUCGACAGAUGAAAAAGAGAUAUCUGAGAGAGUUGAUGACAAAAAUUGAAGAAAAAAAAGAGAUUUGCCAGCGGAGAGAAGAAUUGCAUCACGAGUUGAUGAAAAAAUUCAAAGAAAGAGAGAGGCUCUGCCGUUUGAAAAAAGCAUGCCAGAAUGAGUUGAUGAGUUACCACAGGAAGAAACAGGCUGAAAAUGAAUGCUUUGUACCUAGAAAGUUAUUCCUUUUUAACAUUGACACAUUCGUCUGUCCUCCAAUGCCUCAGUGUGAGCCACAGAAACCAAAAAAUGAGGAAGUUUUUAUAGAACCUAAAGAUGACAGCUGGCAAACAGUAGAACCUCUCUCAAAGGCCAAAACAAAUUCAGGCUGUAGACAAAGUUUGAGAAGCCGACUGAAGAAGUUCUUUGGAAGAAAAUAGAUAUUCCAAUUCAUAGCUUAUAUUGUUAAAGAAGAAAUCUGCAUUUUUUCCCCAGAAUUUAUAAAGUUGUGUUGUUGAUUUGUUUUUUGAACUUAGAGUAUUGUUGACAUCAUGAAUUUAAUACAUGUAUUU